GCCAAAUCUUCAGGAACAGACUUUGUAAAGAAGCUUUUCCAAAUGCUCGAAGAAAACAGCUACGCUGAUAUUGUCCGAUGGUCUGAGGCAGGGGAUUCAUUUAUCAUUGCAGAUACGAACGAGUUUACCAAGCAGGUUUUGCCGAAGCAUUUCAAACACAGUAACUUUGCCUCAUUUGUGCGACAGCUCAACAAGUACGAUUUCCACAAGGUGAAAAUUAGCAACGAGCUCAAACAGAGAUACAGCAUUGAGAAUGUGUGGGAGUUCAAGCAUCCAGAGUUCCAGAGAAAUAAUAGAGAGGCACUCGAGAAUAUCAAGCGAAAGGUGACAGCAAAAAAGGAGGGAGACACUGCUGUUUCCUCAAACACAGUCUCUCUCGCACAGUUCCGCAAUCUGCAAGACAAUUUUGGGUUUUUGGAAAAGCAAAACCAGUCCCUCACAGAGACGGUGCAGAAACUCCACGAUGAGCUCAACAUUCUCAAUACCAAGUAUAAUACGAUGGUUUCGAGUUUCUUGACAUCGAAGUCGAUCAACGAGUCGUAUUCUCGUGCGAUCAACGUUUUAGCCAAAUCCUUGACCCAGAUGGGCGUCGAGCUGCCGCCAUUGAAUCUUCCUUUCAUCGACCAAAACCAGCCGUCUCAGGACCCACAGCCUGCGAGCAGCAUGCCCUCGUCAGUGGAGGCAGCGCCACAGGAACAUCCGCAAUUUAUCCCCGCAAACGAGCCUGCUAAACCCGCAUCCCAACCCCCGGCAGGAGCACAACAAGAUAACCGUAUUGUGCGACAGACCAAUGGUUCUGGAAUGCAUGUCUUGCUGGUUGAGGACGACGAAGUCUGCAUUCAGCUGUGCAGUAAAUUCUUGAUGAAGUACGGUUGCACGGUGGAGGUGGUGACCGACGGAUUGGCGGCCAUCAAUGUUUUGGAAAAAGUCAAGUUUGAUUUGGUAUUGAUGGACAUUGUGAUGCCAAAUCUCGAUGGAGCUUCGGCAACCUCUGUCAUCCGAUCUUUUGACGUGGAUACGCCCAUCAUCGCCAUGACCGGCAACUAUCAGCAUCAAGACCUAGUGACGUAUCUUAACCAUGGAAUGACGGACAUUCUGGCCAAGCCAUUUACCAAAAACGAUUUAUACAACAUUCUGGAGAAGCACCACAUAGACAAGAAGCUCAUUUACCCGGUCAACGACCCGUUCAACCCCAUGAACAAAAAUAGCCCUUCUCACUCGGUAGCGGGCCAGCAGACACAGGUAGUUGCUCCGAUGCCGGUAGAGUCGGAGCCGCUGCAGCCAAAGAUGGAACCGGACUUUGAGAACGCGCUAAAGAGACAAAAACUUGUAUAGCUGUACAUACAUACAAAUCGC